UUGUGUCAAAUGACAGUUGUCACCUUAUUCUGGAUCAUAACUAAACAUUAGACAUAACCUCUUAAUUUAUAAAGUAUUUGGUUAAUCAUCAGUGAGAAUUAAACAAUAUUUAAUUAAGCACAAUGACGCUAGACUUUAGGGGUUUCGAAAGAGAUUCUUCAGAUGACAGUAUAAGUGAUAUAAGUGACAAUUCUGAUAUGGAGCCAGAACAAAUGAGUGAUUCAGAUGAUGCAAAUGAAAAUGAAACAAUUGAAGAAGUUCAAAAUAAAUCUGAUGAAGAAAACGAUAGUUCCGAAAACGAUGAUGAUGAUGAUGAUGUCAUAAGAGCCAUCAAACAAGAAAAAAAUAAGCAAAGAGAUCACCCUCCAAGUAUAAAAUGUGAUGAUUUCAUUGUAGAUAUAUCAUUACACCCUGUUAAAAAUAUAAUAGCUUUAGGAAAUAUAGUUGGAGAUGUUUUACUAUAUGAAUACAGUAAUGAUGAAACAAAAAUUUUACAAACAUUAGAACUACAUAUUAAAGCCUGCAGAGAUAUUGAAUUUGAUGCUGAUGGUGUAAAUUUAUUUAGUACAGCAAAAGAUAAAGCGAUUAUUGCUACAGAUGUUGAAACAGGCCAGUUGAAACAAUGUAUUGAAAAUGCUCAUGAGGAACCGGUUUAUAAAUUACGAACAUUGGAUGAAAACAAAAUUGUUUCAGGAGAUGAUAAUGGCACAGUGAAAUUAUGGGAUAUGAGGAAGCAAGAUGCCGUAUUCUCUAUUAAAGUAGGCGAAGAACAUGUUUCCGAUAUGAUAACAAAUGAUGCACAAAAGUAUUUAGUUUGUUCAGGCGGUGAUGGGGUACUUACUACAAUAGACUUGAAAGGAAGCAAAAUUUACACAACAUCUGAACAAUAUGACGCUGAAUUAACAUGUAUGGGACUUUUUCGUACUGAUACUAAGUUAUUAGUUGGCUCUUCCAUUGGAAAAUUCUACUUGUUUAAUUGGAAAGAAUUUGGUUAUCAUAGUGAUGAAUAUAUUGGACAGAAACAUUCUAUACAAUGCAUGAUCCCAAUCACACAGAAUAUUGUUGUAUCCUCCGGAGAAGAUGGGACAUUACGUGCUGCUCACAUGUUCCCUCAGAGACAGUUAGGUGUGGUGGGUCAGCAUAGUUUACCAGUUGAAUGUCUAGACAUAAGCCAUGAUGGGCAAUAUAUUGCAUCAUGUUCUCACGACAAUGAUGUUAAGUUCUGGAAUAUAUCAUAUUUUGAAUCCAUUGAUUCUUUGAUUGAUGUUAGCCAGAAACAAAAUAAGAAAAGAGAUAUGGUAAACAACUUGCCAUCAAGCAGUGUCCAAAAUGCAUCCGACUUUUUUUCAGGUUUAAUAUCAUAAUUUAAGAUGCCGGCAACAUAGUAUAUAACCAAGUACCCUUCAGAACAAAUGUCAAUAUUAUUUUAGACUUAUUAUUUUUGUUUACGUUAAACUAAUUGAGAAACAUAAGACUCUGCUACCAUUAUUUUAUCGUCCGCAAAAUCGUCGCUAAUGAUCGCCUAAAUUAUUAAUUUCCCUUCUGUAUGAUGGGUUAAAAGUUUCUCAAAUAAUCAAAUUAGUAAAAUAAUAAAAUUUGCUAAUUGUUAUAAAUAUGAAGCAAAGAAGUAUGGACCAAAUUCUCAUUGAUUUAUAAAUUCUCAAUGGGCCUUAAUAUUUAAAAUCUAAACUUGUACUUGUCUAUGACUUUAACCUUGUCUUUGAUAACUCUAAAAAUACUCCAUUGCUCUAUAUUUAAGUAAUAAAACAGAAGGUGUAACAGUCUUCCAGAAAGAUUCAUCCUCAAGUUAUAUAUUAUACGUCUAUACAAAAUAAUAAUUGCUUGUAAGACGUGAAUAUACAUGUAGUUAAAAAUAAAAUUAUAAUUCUCUGAUGGUGGUACUAUACACAUAAGAUAAUAUACUAGAAAAAUAUGACUUACAUAGAAUGCCUUAGUCUUAUAACUCUUAUCCUGAACUUAAAUUACCAAAAGAUUUUUUUAAAAGCAAAGUCGUAAGUCCACUUGUCGCUUAUGUAAUAACCAUCUCUCCAAGACGUUGUCGGAGUAAAAUGUUUCUCAAGUAUGUGUUAGUUUCUCAUGUACUAUUAAUAAAGAUUAUUUAAUAUA